UUCCCGGAAUUCGGAAGCCCGAAUCUGAAAUAGCUGCGGCGGCCAGGAGUAGGGUUGUCGGAGGUGCCCCAGUGGGCCCCAGAGGAUAGGCGGGGAUAGACGCUCCUUCAGCCUGUGGCCGCCUCCCGGGGUCAGCCGCGCGUCGGCAGUCGCUUCUGCAAGUCCCUUCACUUUUCUGGGAAGUUCCUUACUGCUACCCUGGGGCUUGAGCGGCCUUGGUGCUGAAAUGCUGAAAUGUGGGAGAAAUGACCCAUACCUAAGAAGGAGGGGAAAAUGCAAGGGAACGUGGUGAUAGAACCAGCUAGUACUCGGCGAGAGGCGCCUUCCCUUUCAAAAGUCGCCUCAUUCAUGGGUAGCCAGAGUUCCAGUCUCAGUUCAUUCCCCGUUGUGUAGGCUUGGGCACGUUAUGUAAACUCUCUGUGCCUCGGUUCUGCACAAUGGUAAUGAUAGCAGCCGCUUCGUAGAAGAGCAGUAAGGUUUAUAAGAACAUCUGGUUCAUAAUAAGGGUUUGCUGUUGCGACUAUUACAGCCUCCUCCCAGAGCACUCCCACAACUUGAUCGGACAUGAUGUCUUUUGGCCUGUCCCUUUGACCACAACCUGCACCAGUUCUCAAGAGUAAAGAAACCUAGUGAAAAAAAGUGCUGACUGAGGGUUUCACAUGAUAAUGGAAAACCCCCAUCAAGAGGUAGGCAAACUGCCUCCAAAAAAGAACGCGGGAUAAGGAACGCCUUCGAGUCUUCGGGCCAGGCCUCCUCUGCAGACGACUUCCAGAGAGACGGUGGGGGUCGGGGAGGAGAGAGGGAAGAGCGCGCGACCGCAGCAAGGGCCCGCCUCCGGAAGGUGCCACACUGGACUUCCGGGGCCCCCUGGUCCUCCGCGUACUUCCGCCCUAGCCUCCAGUCGGCCAGCCUCGCGGGAAGCCACGCCCGUUUCAGCGCUUCUCCGCCCCGUGGCUCUCCUCUGGCCACGACGGCAGCAUGGCGGGCGCGGAAUUGCGGGCAGCGCUGGAGCAGCGGCUCGGCGCCCUAGCCAUCCAUACAGAGGUCGUGGAGCACCCGGAGGUGAGGCGCGUCUGCUGGGGCAGCCCUGCGGGAGAGGUGUUUACAGUUGAAGAAAUGAUGCCUCAUAUCCAACAUUUGAAAGGAGCACAUAGUAAGAACUUAUUUCUUAAAGACAAGAAGAAAAAAGGCUAUUGGCUGGUGACAGUUCUUCAUGAUAGACAAAUUAAUUUAAAUGAUCUUGCCAAGCAGUUAGGUGUUGGGAGUGGAAAUCUUCGGUUUGCUGAUGAAACAGCCAUGCUAGAAAAACUAAAAGUUGGCCAAGGCUGUGCCACACCUUUGGCACUCUUCUGUGAUGAUGGAGAUGUGAAAUUUGUUCUGGAUUCAGCUUUUUUGGAAGGUGGACAUGAAAAGGUGUACUUUCAUCCAAUGACCAAUGCUGCAACCAUGGGAUUGAGCCCUGAAGACUUUCUCACAUUUGUGAAGAAGACAGGACAUGAUCCCAUAAUACUAAAUUUUGAUAAAAAGAACUAAUUGGGCUGAUAUUUAGAAUACAUUUAUUUCUGAAAGCUGUUUUUCUUAUUUGUAAUUUAUAAAAAGCAUUAAAAGUGAUAAGAAUAUUUA